CCGAAAUACCGUGAGACGCGACGUCGGGCGGCGGGGAAGCCGGAAGGUGGCGGAGAUGGCUGAGUCGCUGGGUAGGGGUUUUCCUAGGGACGAACAAAAAUGGCAUCCUCUGCUCUCAACUUCGUCACCAUCAACCCAAAGCUCCAGCAAUCCCCGAAACCCACUCCACCCUCCCACAGAUUCACCACCGCCAGAAGAUUCCUCUCCUCCCUCCGCCCAAUCAAAGCCUCCAUAUUCGAAAAAUCCCCACUCUCCUCCAUCCCAGGUUUGACCAAACCGUCCCCUAAAUCCAAUCUCCAAUCCGAUAGAUUCCGGGCGACUAUGGCCUCCCUGGAGUCGGACCCAUCCAAGACCGCCUCGAUUACUUCUACAACCAAGGCCGCAACGAGUUCUUCAAAUCCCGAAUGUAGAAGUACCAGUCAACGGUCUACCGAGUCAACAUGCCCCCGGGCCCUUUCAUCGCCACCAACCCUCGCGUCAUCGUCCUGCUCGACGGGAAAAAGCUUCCCCGUCCUCUUCGAUUUGUCCAAAGUCGAGAAGAAGGAUCUCUUCACUGGAACCUACAUGCCCUCCACGGAUCUCACCGGAGGGUACCGAAUAUUGUCCUACCUUUGGGAGGGCCAAGCAAAACGCAACGCAGGGGAAGGGGGGAUUUCGGUAUCGGUAUUACCGACUUACCGUCGGUAUUUACCGAUACCGUGUUCGAUAAACCGAGUCGCCCAAAUUCCCGCUCGGCUGCCGAUACCGUCGGUAAACGGAUACCGUCGGUAAACCGUUUACCGGCUUACCGUUUACCACCCCUAAACCCAAUGCAUAUGCCGUGGUUGGCUUGACUUUACUUGACUAGCUCUCUCUUUCAUUUUCACGGGAAAACUGAAUUACCAGACGCAGAACCAAGAGAGCCAUUUUGGUCGCUAGCUAGCUAGGGUUCAUCUAAUUGGUAAUGGAAUCGAUUGGGUUUUCUCUAGUUGUCACUUUGCUACGUCACUUAAGCAGUGGAUUGAAUUGUAGCUUCAGUUCUGUAGCUUAGGCAACCAUCAAUCUAAAGGUGUUCUCGAUCGCAAUCUGAUUGCAGAAGAGGGAUGCGACAGAGAUUUAGUUAGGUUUACGGGUUUACUACUGCAAAAUGAAGUGGGUACUCCAUUGUUGACUUUUUGGUGUAUCGAAUUUACUAUCAUUAACCUCAAUCCGUCUUUCCGUCUUCGUUUUAACAGAAUCUUCUCUGCCCGCUGAAUUUCCUCCACUCUCUGCAAUUCAUCACCGGCGGCAAAGUAGAAUCCCCCCGACGGUGCGCUUCGGCCUUCGACAGAUUGAGUAAGCAGCUCGCUUAUAUUUCAGUAAUUCAUUGGAAAACCAAGUUCCUGAAAUUCAGCAAUUCACUGGAGUUAUUGGGUUAGCUCCUCAAACAGAACUUGGGCAACUUUGAACGCCAUGUUCUUGUGUUGAGACCUGGGAUUCGUAUAAGCUAAGAUGGAUGAAGUGUUCUUGCUUUGUCUUAUCUUCUUUUUGAGAUAGCUAAACUACAACACUAUUUUGAUCUUUUAGAUGGGUGAGCUAGCAGCUGAUAAGCAUGUUGAGUACAUCCUGUCAGUUGAAAAGAGAAAGGAUAGUGUUGAAUCUGCUGUGAUGGAGCACUUGCGAGUGAAUAGGGCUUAUUGGGGGUUGACCACUUUGGAUCUGCUGGGCAAGCUUGACGUGGUGGAUUCCGACGAGAUUAUCGAAUGGAUCAUGAAGUGUCAACACGAGUCUGGUGGUUUUGCUGGUAAUGCUGGCCAUGACCCUCAUGUACUCUAUACUCUUAGUGCCAUUCAGGUUCUGGCCCUUUUUAACAAACUUAAUGUUCUUGACGUGGACAAAGUCUCAAAUUAUAUUGCUGGACUGCAAAAUGAAGAUGGAUCCUUUUCCGGAGACAUCUGGGGAGAAGUCGAUACACGGUUCUCUUAUAUUUCAUUAUGUGGUCUCUCGAUAUUGAAAUGCUUGGACAAGAUAAAUGUGGAGAAGGCUGUAAACUAUAUCAGAAGUUGUCAGAACGUAGAUGGUGGAUUCGGAUGCACUCCUGGGGGGGAGUCUCAUGCUGGACAGAGUAUAAUGUUCUUAAUAUCACUAUACUGUUCUUUCGUUUCUGCUGUGUGGCUGCCCUUGCUAUUACUGGGGCUCUACAUUAUGUUGACAAGGACCUUCUCGGAUGGUGGCUGUGUGAACGACAAGUGAAAUCUGGGGGUCUUAAUGGCCGACCUGAGAAGCUUCCUGAUGUAAGUUAGAGCAUAUUUCUCUUAGGUGUGUUAAUUCAUUUUUCUGCCCAAGUACUGACUAUGCACGGGUUAUGUUGAACUAACCAAUACAGGUUUGCUAUUCGUGGUGGGUUCUUUCUAGCCUCACUAUGAUCGAUAGAGCUCAUUGGAUUAGCAAAGAGAAGCUUCUCAAGUUCAUUUUGAGUUGUCAGGUAUCAACUAAACUCUACAUUUCCAUUGUGGCAUUAAUUUAAAUAGAUUGUUUACCUUUAACCACUAAUGGGAACAUUGUAGGACAUGGAGAAUGGAGGAAUCUCAGACAGGCCGGAUGACGCAGUUGAUAUCUUUCAUACAUAUUUCAGAGUUGCUGGUAAGUAAAUCAUAAUUAACAGAAAGGAAUUCUGCAGUUCUCUUCCCAUACUAACACCCACUAGUCUCUGAGUGAUGUAAACUUUUGUGCAAUAUGUUUGUUGUUGCAGGACUGUCGUUCCUCGAAUACCCAGGAGUCAAAGCUGUCGAUCCAGCUCAUGCCUUGCCGGUCGAUGUUGUGGAUCAAAUUUUCUUUCGGCAAUGAUUUUCUUAGUUAGCAGUGUCUGAUCAAACCAUAAGAACACUGCUAAUGUACUGGUCUCAAUCUAAAACCCUGUAAUCCCAGUUUGGGCUCUUAGCCUCUUACCAGAAUAUCAUCGGAACGGUGUCGUUUUCGCACGGCCAUGAUUUCGUCG